CGACACUUUCAGAUUCAACCCACAUAGAACUGUCCUUCACGCUUCUGGGACCCCAGGGAUGUGUGGCCCGCAAAGGGGCGGAAAGUGAUUGCCCCUGGAUGGGCUCUCUCUAAGAAAAGCCGGGGUCUCCAAGGGAGUGUCCCACCAGAGAAGAGAAGGAAUGAGUGAGUCAUGAAUUUCAGACUGUUGCUGCUGCACUUGGACCUCUAGCGAGAUGCCUGGCAAGAGGUAGGCUCCCUGGGCCACGUGGAUCCUGUCAGCAUGCUUGGGGAGAGCAAGAUGGCUGCCAAUAGCACUGCCCUGUUGUUGGCCACGGGUACCUACAUCACCGUGGAGAUUGCCAUCGGGCUCUGUGCCAUAGUGGGCAACGUGCUGGUCAUCUGGGUGGUCAAGCUGAACCCCAGCCUGCAGACCACCACCUUCUAUUUCAUUGUCUCCCUGGCCCUGGCUGACAUCGCCGUUGGGGUGCUCGUCAUGCCUUUGGCCAUUGUCAUCAGCCUGGGCAUCACCAUCCGCUUUUAUAACUGCCUUUUCAUGACCUGCCUGCUGCUGAUCUUCACUCAUGCUUCCAUCAUGUCCCUGCUGGCCAUUGCUGUGGACCGAUACCUGCGAGUCAAACUUACAGUCAGAUCCAGGGUUCCUGGGACCCCUGGGCAUGGUUUGUCUUUCCGGUUGAAGGUUGUUCACUUCCUUCCAGUCAUGGGGUCCUUCAUUCUGCUCUUCUUGACUGUCUUUUCAGAUGCCAUGGUCAUGGACGAAAAGGUCAAGGAAAGUUCUGUGCUGGACAUGGCUUCCGCUACCUGCAGCUACAAUACCCACUAUAAGGACCACCCCAAAUACUGGUGCCAAGGCUACUUCCGGGACUACUGUACCAUCAUUGCCUUCACACCCAACAGUACUGACCGCGUGGCCCUGAGGGACACAGGAAGCCAGCUCAUCAUCACUGUGUCCUGCCUGACCAAGGAGGAUGCGGGCUGGUACUGGUGCGGCAUCCAGCAGGACUUUGCCAGGGACGACAUGGAUUCUACAGAGCUGGUUGUGACUGACAACAGAGGAGGCCUCACCAGUGAUUUUUGGUUUGGGAAAAACCUAUCAGACAACAAUACCAGAAGCUGCCGGGCUUCAAGAGUGGUCCACAAGGCCGAUCGCUCCAGGAUGUCCAUUCUCAUCAUCUGCAUACUGAUCACAGGCUUGGAGAUCAUCACUAUAAUCAGUCAUUUGUCCAAAAGAAGGAGAAGUCAAAGGAAUAGAAGGGUAGACAAGUCACUGAAGCCCUCCUCACGUGUCCUGACUCCACAGAAAAUUUAUCCUGAACAGAUGUGA